GCGCCAGUCCCGCCAGCGUUCUCGCCAGCGCAUGCUCCUCGACACCACUGCUCUGGUCACCGGCGCGAAUCGCGGCAUCGGCCUGGCGACUGCAGGCCGGCUCGCGGAGUUGGGUGCGAGCGUCGUCCUCGCCUGCCGUGAUGAGUCCGCGUGCCGCGAGGCGGCUGCUGCCCUCUCGGUCAGAGGCCUGGCCGCCGAGCCGUACGCCGCGAGCUUCGACGCCGAGUGCCCGCGCAGCACGUCGGCGCUCGCCGCCGCGUGUGCAUCCCUCCGCGUCGACCUCCUGGUCAACAACGCCGCCGUCUGCGAGCCAGGCUGGGGCCGCGAUGUCGCCCUCCGCUCCUUUCGCACCAACGUGCUGGCGCCUGCCACCCUCACCCGCGCGGUGCUUCCCGGCAUGUUGCGGCGACGGCGCGGCGCCGUCCUCCACGUCUCGUCUGGCGACGGCGAGCUCGUCUUCCUCUCGAGCGACCUCGCGCCGCGGCUGGCCGGCGCGGCCUCCGAGCGCGAGCUGCUGCGGCUCCUCGCGCGGCUAAGUCGCGGCCGCGACGGCUUCCGCUUCCCCGACCGGCCGCCCGCCCACGGGCCGACCCCCGCCUACUCUGUCUCCAAGGCGGCGCUCAAUAGGCACACGCGGCUCGUCGGCGACGCGCUGCCGCGCGACGGCGGCGUGUGGGUCGGCGCCGCCUGCCCGGGUGACGUGCGGACGCGCAUGUGCUCCUGCGAGCGUCACGAGGGUGUGGCCUCGCCCGAGAGCGCCGCGGACGACCUCGCCCGGCUCGCCGCUGGCGCGCUCGGCGGGGGAGGCGGCGAGGCGGCGGCGAGGCGGCUCGAGUCGGGACGGCAGAAGCUCCUAGUAUGGGGGGUCAUCUGCCUACCGCGAGAGCGACCCAACUCGUCGACAUCGUCCGAUGGUUGUUUGUGCCUCAAAGCCGACAUGGACUCGCAGCCCCUCAAUCCGAAUAUCGCAGAGAUCGCUCGCAGUGGCCGCUCGUCGUGCAAGAAGUGCAAGCUCACGAUUGGCGACAAGACUCUUCGUGUCGGCAAGCAGUACGAAAACGGCGACCGCGUCAUGACGACGUGGUAUCACCCGGCGUGCUGGCCGGUGCCGAAGAAGCUGGCUUCGCUCGCGGCGCGCGCUCCUUCUCUUCCUCCCUCUCCUCCUCCGCCGCCGCCGCCAUUGCUGCCUCCGCCCCGCCCUCGCUGCUCGAUCUUUCCACCGACCUGCUCGCUUGCGAUCAUUUCGCAGGAUGUCGAGAACUGGCACAGCCUCUCCGACGCGCACAAGCAGCUACUCAUCGACCGUGCACCCAAUCUGCCUACCUGCGCCUCACCUGGGUCCUCCACACCCAGCUCCUCGGCGCUGGCCACCGCCACUCUCGCCGACUUUGUGACGCUGACGCAGCGCCUCGAGGCGGAGGGCGGCGUGGGUGGAGGCAGCUCGCUCGAGAAGCAGGCGAUCGGGCAGCACGACGACCGGACCUACUCGCUCAAGGACAAGUCGCUAAUCUCGCACCUCGCCGCCGUGCUGCGCUGCUCCGAGGUCGCGAUGGCGGCGCACCUCGAGAACAGCGACGACGUCGGGCUCAGCGCGCAGCACUUUUACGAGCGGUCGCCCGUGCUUCCGAGCCCGCCCCCGCCCCCGCUGCCCCUCGCCGCCGUCAACGACUGGCUCAACAAGCUCGCCCAGCCGUCCGCGAUGACGCGGCUCCUGCUCGCCGAGAUCGUCCCUCGCACGGCGCCCGAGCAGCUCAAGGUGCUCGUCCGGAUCGUGCGGAAGGACCUGCGCCUCGGGGCGGGCGCAGCGACCAUCCUGAAGGGCAUCGGUGGCGAGGGCGCGUGGGCGAGGUUCAAGGCGCAGCCGCACGAGCUCGAAGCCAUCUGUCAGCUGCAAGCCGGCACCAAGACCGCCUCCAAGACCGGCGGCGGCGGCGGCGGCGGCGGCGGCAAGGGCAAGGGCAAGGGCAAGGGAGUCGGCGGCGGCAUGGUUGCGGCGGGGCGGCCGUGCAAGCCGCAGCUCGCGGGGCAGUGCAACUCGUUUGAGGUCAAGUACGACGGCGAGCGGCUGCAAGUGCACAUGACCCGCGACGGCGGCGUCGCCUUCUUCUCGCGCUCCCUCAAGGACGUGCCCGCCACCAAGGUGAUCGGCCUCGAGGCGGCGCUGCGCAAGGCCUUCCCGCCCCUCUCGCCGGGAGGGCCUGCGCGUGAGGUGGUGCUCGACGGCGAGGUUGUGAUGAUGGCGGCCGACGGCACGGUGCUCGCCUUCGGCGCGCAGGGCGUGCACGAGCAGAAGAAGCACAAGGACGCGACCUGCUGCCUCGUCGUCUUCGACCUGCUCGCGCUGGACGGGGGAGCCCUCACCUCCGAGCCACUGCAGCGGCGCCGCCAGAUCCUCGAGGCUGCCCUCGUGCCGCAGGAGCUCGCUCUUUCACCUAGUCGCUGGCUAUCACUGCAGUCACGCCCAAGAUGCAUGGAGCGCUACCAAGGACUAGCAGGCGGGGUCUCACUCACAUGCCCCCCUCCGCAGGAGAAGCAAGUUCGCCUCUCCGACUGCAAGCUCAUGCGGACGAGCGCGGGCGUGGCAAGGGCGUUUGGCGAGGCGGACGCGCAGAAUCUCGAGGGGCUGAUGAUCAAGGAUGCGGCGGGGCCGUACGUGCCGAACGACCGCAAGGUCUGGCUCAAGAUCAAGAAGGACUACCUCGGCGAGGCCGCCUGCGACGCGGCCGAGGUCGACAUGGCCGACUCGGUGGACCUCGUCGUCCUCGGCGCCUUCUUCGGCACCGGCCAGAAGGCAUCCCUCUACUCGAGCUUCCUGAUGGGCUGCUUCGACGAGGAGGAGGACGCGUGGCGCGUGGUGUGCAAGCUCUCAAACGGCUUCUCGAUGGCGCGCCUCGAGGAGCUCAAGGGCGCGCUCACGGGAGGCGACACGCCGCUCCUGCGCCGCCUCGACCCCACCGACGAGCUGCCGAGCUGGUAUCCGCAGGAGGCAAAGGGAGGCAGCCGCCCCGACGCGGUCCUGCGGGCGGCCCCCUCCGACGAAGAGGGGUGCUUUGUGUGGGAGGUCAAGGGUGCCGCUUUCACCGAGGGCAACAAAUCGACGGGCUCCGCCUUUUCCAUCCGCUUCCCGCGCCUCGUCCGCGAGCGCGACGACAAGGAGGUGUCGGACGCGAGCACGGCGGAGUACAUCCACGGCCUCAUCAGCCUCAAGAAGGGCACCGUCAUCGACCUCCCCUCGCUCGCGGGCGGCUCCGGCUGCGGCGGCGACGCGGGCGGCUCCGCGGCGGCCGCCGCAGCGGCUGGCGACGGUGAGCAGGAGGAGGAGGAGGACGACGACGACGAAGAGGUGCCCAGCUCGCCCGGCUCGCCCAUCUCGCGCGCUCGCGCCGCCGCGGCCGGCGCCGGGCAGGCGAGCAAGGACCCGAGGCCGCUCUGCCGGUUCGGCUGGGACUGCUUCCGCAAGAACGCGAACCACAAGGCGCAGUACCGCCACGACGAGGCGCCCGCCCUCGGCCGGGCGCCCGCGGGCGGGGCCAACGCGGGCGAGGCCAAGGUGGCGGGCAAGCGCAAGCGCGCCGCCAGCGACGAGGACGGCAGCGGCGGCGAAGGCCGCCGGCAGCGCACGGCGCACGACGAGGGCGGCGAGGGCGGGGCGGCGGACGAGUUCGAGGUCGAGUCCAUCGACGAGGACGAGCCGGCGGACGACGAGGGCGCCCCGGCCGGGGAGCAGCAGGCCGGGCAGGUGGCGGCGAAGGGUGGCGGCGGCGGGGUUGGCCGGUGGGAGGUGAUGCUCGGAAAGACGUUCAAGCCGUUCGUCGAGGCAAUCUCGGACGAGAUCGAGGAGGCGUGGCGGGCGGGGGAGGGGGAGGUUGAGGUGGAGCUGCGAGGCGAGCCGUACGUCGUCCGCUUCCGCGACAUGGUCCAGGAGGCGAAGGGCGACUCGUCGCGCUGGCGCUCGGUGCAGCGCGUCAUGUGACAUCGAGAGAGCACAGCUGUGUCCUGCGGCGUGGCGCGUGUGCCGGCGAGAGUGGCGCGCCGGCC